UAGGAGUAUGACUCCAGGCAAUUCGAGACCGGGAAUCGCCACCGUCUCCUCCAUCUCCCCGGACUCUGGAGCUCCGAACCUAAUCCAGAUUUCCAGCUCCACGGAGCUCCUUAGAUCCUUCCGCUUUCAAUCAUGAUAUCUCCCCAAAUCUUUAAUUUCCAGUCCAUUCAAAACCCCAGUCUCCCUUCGCUUCCCUUGUUCACAGCUGCCCACCGCCGUCUCUCUAUCCCGAAUUUCACCCCGACCCACGUCAAAUUUCCCGUUGAAGAUCGCGACUUUCGCCGGAGGUUAGUACCUUCGGCUCGGUUGCGGAGGCCUACGACCUGUUAUGGGGUGAAGGGUUCGAAAAAUGCUUCGGCGGUGGACUCUAGUAGUAGUGGCGGCGGCGGAGACGGCGGUGGCGGCGGAGGUGGUGGGGACGACGACGGGAGUGAGGGGAAAAGCAGUGGGCUUUUGCCGGAGUGGUUGAAUUUCUCUCUGGACGAUGCCAAGACGGUGGCCGCGGCGGUGGCCAUCUCGCUUGCGUUUCGGACUUUCGUGGCCGAGCCAAGGUUCAUUCCUUCGCUGUCGAUGUACCCAACUUUUGAUGUCGGCGACAGAAUUGUUGCAGAGAAGGUCACAUACCGCUUCAGAGAACCUUGUACAAAUGAUAUAGUUAUAUUCAAGGCUCCUCCAGUCCUCCAAAAAGCUGGAUACACCGACGAAGAUGUGUUCAUCAAACGAAUCAUUGCCAAGGAAGGCGACAUUGUCGAGGUCCGUGAUGGGAAGGUUAUAGUGAAUGGAGUCGAGAGAGAUGAAAAGUUCAUCUAUGAGAAGCCUUCUUAUAAGAUGGAACCAAGUUGUUUAUGCUUGCUGCAGAAGGUACCCGAGAAUUAUGUAUUCGUAAUGGGGGACAACCGGAAUAACAGUUACGAUUCACAUGUCUGGGGUCCUCUUCCGGCAGAGAACAUACUAGGAAGAUCAGUGGUCCGGUAUUGGCCUCCUUACAGGAUCGGCAGUACAGCUUCUGAGACAAAUUGCUCUGCUGAUAAGCUGGAGAGCAUCAGCGUCCGAGCCCCUGCAAUCAAGUCCGACUGACUGGCAGGCCUGCAUCUUCACCGUUUUCCCCCUUCCCAUGUUGUGUAUUAUGUCAUUUUUUGGUAGAAUUGUAACCAUGGAUCAAACAACCAGCCUGUUUAUAACGAUUCUUAGCGACAAAUCGAUGGAUGCUUAUAUUUUGCACAACUCACAUUGCAAAACUUUUGACGGUUGUAGAUCUUUUAUUGCUCAUGUCAUCACUUGGCAGCACAAUUCUUUGCUCAAAAUACAGAAGUGCUCGCGAUCAUACGAGCUUGUACGUACAAGAAUGCUUCUUAAGCCGAAUGGGAUUGCUUGUUCGAGAAUCAAACAUCAGGGCACAAGAGAUCCUCUGUGUGUGCCUAGACUUCACCAGCUUCCCCACAACGUAGCCUCUCGACCUCACUUCAAACACCAACCUCACCGGAACUUGCACUUCCUCCUCCGCCGAUCUCGUCAGGCUCGCCCCUGCACCGUAGAGAGGCACUCUCAUCCCCUUGACAUUCACCGAAACUGCCUUGUGGCUCUUCCUCGGCUGGUAAUACGACCUCAGCUGCAAAACCCCACACCAAAAACCAUAUCACAACAGUACAAUACAACAUCACCUCGCCUCGUGCAACCAAUCCAUAGAUCGAUCGCCUCGUCUAG